AUGUCGAAAACCUUGUUCGUGGAACUCGGAGUUGGGUCGGAUCAACACGGACAAGACGGCACGAAAGCCGCGGUGCGAGCGUGUAAAGAUGCGAUUAGUUUCAACUCGUUACCGGCUAUCGCGGACUUGAUACCGGGCGGGUACGGCGGGAUGAAGUUACACGUACUCGUAGCCGCGCCGAUUGAUGCGUAUCCAGUGGACGUGGAUGAGGUGAAAAAAGUAUUUCCGUACGGUUCGGUGGACGUGGAGUUAGUGAGAGGAGGGAUGGUGGCGUCGAGUGGGAUCGCGAUAGAAGCCAUGGGCGACGGCUUCGACGCGGACGGGCGAGCGAACGACGACUUUAUCGUCGUCAACGCCGCGGUGAGCGUUGGGUAUUAG